AUGGAAACCAGAAUGUGCGGUAGACAGGCAGUUAAUGGAAUACGGAAUUCAGGGCUCCUUGGGGGUGGGGAGGGGGCCAAGAAUGUCAACUUGCAGACCUUCAGGUUUGUACUGAAGAAUGAUGGGCUUCCCCACAAGUGGAUAAAGUUUGCGGUCUCAGAAAUAGGAAUUGCUGUGGAAGAACAACCUGAUCUUGAUGCAAUUCUUGGGAAGCUGGAGUUUGGCCACCUGCUAGGAGAAGAUAGAGCCGCUCCUAUGUGGAUUUCAGUGGCAUGUGCAAGUACGAAGGAAUCAUCAGGAACAGCAAAUUUACUAAACACAAUUGGCUCAAAGAAGUGCCAGAAAGCAGUGUUCCAUCCUAAGGAACCAAACAGCUCAGGACAGCACUCUACACAAAAACUUGAACUCAGAAGAAAGGAUGAGAAUGAAGAAUUUCAGAUGUACAACUUGAAAGGAAGAAAGGGUCAGACAUACAAAGAGUUCAGUGAGACUGAGAAUGAUGACGACCCGUACUGUGAGAAGUGUCAGAUAUGCUUCGCGAAGAUCUGUGCUGCUCAUGGACCUCCCGUGUUUCUAAAGGACAAUCCAGUGGAUAAGGGACAUCCUAGCCAUACUCUCCUCAGUGUGCCCCCUGGACUUCGAAUUGGCCCAUCGAGCAUUCCAGAGGCUGGGCUUGGAGUAUUUAAUGAAGCAUCUGAUCUGCUAUUGGGGCUGCACUUUGGUCCUUUUGAGGGCAAGAUCACAGAAGUGGAAGAGGAAGCUGACAGUGGGUACAGCUGGCAGAUAGCCAAGGGCAUGAGCAGCCAUGAGUACAUGGAUGGAAAGGAUAAUUCUUUGGCCAACUGGAUGAGGUAUGUGAACUGUGCCCGCAAUGAUGAGGAGCAGAAUUUGGUGGCCUUCCAGUACCAGAGGCAUAUAUUUAACCGCACCUGCCAAGUCAUCAAACCAGGCUAUGAGCUGCUAAUAUGGUAUGGGUAUGAAAAUGGCCAGAAGUUGGGUAUCAAGGGAAGCAAUGAAAAGAAAAAGAAGGGAAGAAAAAGGAAGAGCUCACAACAGUGA